UCCAGGAACCACUGGCUUUUGCCUCUCCCCAGGCAUGGCCUGGAAGCAGAGAUCAAAUUGCCAACAUCUGUUGGAUCAUUGAAAAAGCAAGAGAGUUCCAGAAAAACAUCUACUUUAUUGACUAUGCCAAAGCCUUUGACUAUGUGGAUCACAACAAAAUGUGGAAAAUUCUUCAAGAGAUGGGGAAUACCAGACCACCUUACCUGCCUCCUGAGAAAUAUGUAUACAGGUCAAGAAGCAACAGUUAGAGCCAGACAGCCAACAGACUGGUUCCAACCUGGGAAAGGAGUACAUGAAGGCUGUAUAUUGUCACCCUGCUUAUUUAACUUAUAUGCAGAGUACAUCGUGAGAAAUGCUGGGCUGGCUGAAGCACAAGCUGGAAUCAAGAUUGCUGGGAGAAAUAUCAAUAACCUCAGAUACGCAGAUGAUACCACCCUUAUGGCAGAAAGUGAAGAACUAAAGAGCCUCUUGAUGAAAGUGAAAGAGGAGAGUGAAAAAGUUGGCUUAAAGCUCAACAUUCAGAAAACUAAGAUCAUGGCAUCUGGUCCCAUCACUUCGUGGCAAGUAGAAGAGGAAACAAUGGAAACCUUGAGAGACUUUUUUUUUUUUUGGGGGGGGGCUCCAAAAUCACUGCAGAUGGUGACUGCAGCCAUGAAAUUAAAAGAUGCUUGCUCCUUGGAAGAAAAGCUAUGACCAACCUAGACAGCAUAUUAAAAAGCAGAGACAUUAUUUUGCUGACAAAGGUCUGUCUAGUCAAAGCUAUGGUUUUUCCAGUAGUCAUGUAUGGAUGAGAGAGCUGGACUAUAAAGAAAGCUGAGCACCAAAGAAUUGAUGCUUUUGAAAUGUGGUGUUGGAGAAGACUUUUGAGAGUCCCUUGGACUGCAAGGAGGUCAAACCAGUCAACCCUAAAAGAAAUUAGUCCUGAAUAUUCAUUGGAAGGAUUGGUGGUGAAACUGAAGCUCUAGUACUUUGGCCACCUGAUGCGAAGAACUGACUCAUUGCAAAAGACCAUGAUGCUGGGAAAGAUGGAGGGCAGGAGGAGAAGGGGACAACAAAGGAUGAGAUGGCUAGAUGGCAUCACUGACUCAAUAGACAUGCGUUUGAGCAGGCUCCGGGAGUUGGUGAUGAACAGGGAAGCCUGGCAUGUUGCAGUCCAUGGGGUCGCAGAGUCAGACAUGACUGAGUGACUAAACUGAACUGACUGAGGCAUGGCCUUAGGCCCUCCUGGCUUUAUCUUCAAAGCGCAAAGAUUUCAGUGAAGUGGGCAUACAACCUCACUCCUCGAAGACAGUUUCCUCAGGUGCAAAAUGGGGAUGCACAAACUUGACUUUCCAGGCUGUUGGAAAGAACUAAAAUUUAGAUACUGGAUAUGAGCUCAUCAAUGCACACAGUAGGGCUCAAUGAAUUCCCUUUCACUUCACAUUCAUGGCUAAGGGCCUCCUUUCUUCCUGGGUCUGGAGAUGCCCUGCCUGCCCUGUGAGGCCAGGCUUAAAGAAAGGAGCAGGUGGGUGGGACCUAAAAACCACUCCGCUCCAAAAUCACUGCAGACGGUAAUUGCAGCCAUGAAACUAAAAGAUGCUUGCUCCUUGGAAGAAAAGUUAUGACAAACCUAGAGAGCAUAUUAAAAAGCAGGGACAUUACUUUGCUGACAAGGGCCUGUAUAGUCAAAGCUAUGGUUUUUCAAGUAGUUAUGUAUGGGUGUGAGAGCUGGACCGUAAAGAAGGUUGAGCACCAGAGAAUUGAUACUUUCGAUUUGUGGUGCUGGAGAAGACUCUUGAGAGUCCCUUGGACAACAAGGAGAUCAAACCAGUCAAUCCUAAAGGAAAUCAACCCUGAAUAUUCCUUAGAAGGAGUGAUGCAGAAGAUGAAACUCCAAUACUUUGUCCACGAGCCGACUCACUAGAAAAGACCCUGAUGCUGGGAAAGAUUGAGGGCAGGAGGAGAAGGGGGUGAUGGAGGAUGAGAUGGUUGGAUGGUAUCACUGACUCAAUGGACAUGAAAACUCCAGGAGAUAGUGAAGGACAGGGAAGACUGGCGUGCUGCAGUCCAUGUGGUUGCAAAUAGUCAGACCCGAUUUAGCAACUGAAUAACAACAACAAGUGGGACCUGGGGAGGAGAGGUAGACCUGGGAGCCCGCCAGGGCCUUUAUCCAAUCCUGUGCUGUGCUUUAAACUCUUCCUGUCUCCCACUCCACGGAGAGGAGAGGCAGCAGACACUUAAUCUCUUUCUCCCCAGAGAUUUCCCCAUGUUGGCUGCAGGUAGGGCAAUGCCUUGAGUGUCUGAACUGGGACACUUCUGAGAGUGAAAGGAGCAUGAUUUGCAAUGUAUAUGCUGGGCCUGCUACCAAAUACGGGUUCAAUUCCACAAACCAAUGCAUAUAAUCGUGCUUGCUCAGUCAUUUCCGACUCUUUGCGACCCCAUGGACUAUAGCCCACCAGGCUCCUCUGUCCAUGGAAUUUUCCAGACGAGAAUACUGGAGUUGGCUGCCAUUUCCUACUCCAGGGGUAUUCCCAACCCAGGGAAAGAACCCGAGUCUCUUGCAUCUCCUGCAUUAGCAGGUAGAUUCUUUAUUACUGUACCACCUAGGAAGCCCUAGCUAAUAAUUUCCCAUCCUACCUGUGGGCUCACUGGACCCUCACAACACUCUGAGAAGUCAGCCAAGCCCAAAUUGGCUGAUGACCCACUUUACAGACAGGAAACUAGAACAUUUUCAAGGUCAUACUUCUGGGGAACAGGAACCCACGUGUUCAUGAUCUAAGUCGCUAAUUAUCACCACCAUACAGUGGCACAUCCCCUAUUUUUUCUCCUUACCCCAAAGUUCUUGUUUCACUUUCAUCCCAAGGAAAGAGGCAUGUUCAGGACUGCUGCUAGUCUAGAAGGUCCAUGAGGCCUGACUCUGUCACAGCGUCCCUCACUAGCUCUGUGAACUUAACUCAACCUCCCUGUGCUUUGGUUUCCCCUUCUGUUAAAUAAAGAUAACAACCUCUUCUCCAGGUCACUGUGUUGAGAAAACAUUAGCACCUAGCCUAGGAUCUGGCGCACUUUAGGUGCUCAAUAAAUAUUGGUAGGUUAGGUGAUUGAAUAAAUACCUGACUACUGGCUGUUCAUUUGUUGGCAAGAGUGGACAACCCAUACUGGUCCAUAAAUGUUUACUGAGCCCCUACAAUGUGCCAGGCCCUAUGCUAAAAGUUUUCUUUGCACAAACUUCCUAGAUUCCUCACAUCCUUGUCAGGAAGGUAAGUUUGUUGUUCCCACUUCCCAGGUAAAGAAGCGACAGCACAGAGAGUUUAAGUCAGGUGGACAGGGUCUCCACAGAAAAGAGGAGGCACAGGGAUGCCGGAACCCAAGACCGGGCUGUUAGUGUUCAUGUGCAUGGCCUGUCUCCCUCAUUGCCCAGCUAGGGAGAGGGAGACCCAGAGAGGGCAGAGUACUUGCCCAAGGUCACGCAGGGAGCGAUAGCUGAGGCCUCAACACCGAGGGUUUCCUUCCUAGACUCCCCUCCUCACGCGCUCGGGGCCCCUCCAAUCCGCAGCUCUGCUUGCGGGGGUGUUCAUCUCUCCCCGCCCCCCCGCCUCUCCCCUCUUCCGCUGUCCAUCAGUCAGCCCAUCAGUCUGGGAGUCUACACCGGCUCAGCGGUGCACCCCUCCCCAGCCUCGGGCGCUGCGCAGGGAGAGGCAGGGCGUUUGCAGCGCCCAGCCCGCGCCCCACGCCCGCAGCAGACAGCAGCGCCUGCGCCCGCGGCCCCCAGCCUGUGUGCGGGAGUCGCGGAGGCCAAGGCGCGGCACGAUCUCUUGCUCCCUCGCCCGCUCUCUGCGCUCAGGAAAAGCCAAGCCGGGAAGCCCUAGCGACCUGUCUUCCAAGAUGAAGAAGCUCCAGGGAGCUCACCUCCGCAAGCCUGUCACUCCAGACCUGCUGAUGACCCCAAGCGACCAGGGCGAUGUAGACCUGGACAUGGACUUUGCCGCAGACCGGGGGAACUGGACAGGCAAGCUGGACUUCCUGCUGUCCUGCAUUGGCUACUGUGUCGGCCUGGGGAACGUCUGGCGUUUUCCCUAUCGAGCCUACACCAAUGGAGGAGGCGCCUUCCUUGUACCCUACUUCCUCAUGCUGGCCAUCUGCGGCAUCCCCCUCUUCUUCCUUGAGCUCUCUCUGGGCCAGUUCUCCAGUCUGGGACCCCUGGCUGUCUGGAAAAUCAGCCCGCUCUUCAAAGGUGCCGGUGCGGCCAUGCUGCUCAUCGUGGGCCUGGUGGCCGUCUACUACAACAUGAUUAUCGCCUACGUGCUCUUCUACCUCCUCGCCUCCCUCACCAGCACCCUGCCCUGGGAACACUGCGGCAACUGGUGGAACACGGACCUCUGCCUCGAGCACAGAGGCUCCACAGAUGGCAACGGGGCCCUGCCCCUCAACCUCACCAGCACUGUCAGCCCCAGCGAGGAGUACUGGAGCCGCUACGUCCUCCACAUCCAAGGAAGCCAGGGCAUCGGAAGUCCCGGGCACAUCCGCUGGAACCUCUGCCUUUGCCUGCUGCUCGCCUGGGUCAUCGUGUUCCUCUGUAUCCUCAAGGGUGUGAAGUCCUCGGGCAAGGUGGUGUAUUUCACGGCCACGUUCCCCUACCUCAUUCUGCUCAUGCUGCUGGUCCGUGGAGUCACCCUCCCUGGGGCCUGGAAGGGCAUCCAGUUCUAUCUUACCCCUCAGUUCCACCACCUGUUGUCUUCCAAGGUGUGGAUCGAAGCUGCUCUUCAGAUCUUCUACUCCUUGGGUGUGGGCUUCGGGGGGCUCCUCACCUUUGCCUCCUACAACACAUUUCACCAGAAUAUCUAUAGAGACACCUUCAUUGUCACCCUGGGCAACGCCAUCACCAGCAUCUUGGCUGGCUUUGCCAUCUUCUCCGUGCUGGGCUACAUGUCUCAGGAGCUGGGUGUACCUGUGGACCAAGUAGCCAAAGCAGGCCCUGGCCUGGCCUUUGUCGUCUACCCACAGGCCAUGACCAUGCUGCCUCUGUCACCCUUCUGGUCCUUCCUGUUCUUCUUCAUGCUGCUGACUCUCGGCUUGGACAGCCAGUUUGCCUUCUUGGAGACCAUUGUGACAGCUAUUACGGACGAGUUCCCAUACUACCUUCGGCCCAAGAAGGCUGUGUUCUCGGGGCUCAUCUGCGUGGCCAUGUACCUGAUGGGGCUGGUCCUCACCACAGAUGGGGGCAUGUACUGGCUGGUCCUUCUGGACGACUACAGCGCCAGCUUCGGGCUGAUGGUGGUGGUGAUCACCACGUGCCUUGCCGUCACCAGGGUGUAUGGCAUCCAGAGGUUCUGCCGGGACAUCCACAUGAUGCUGGGCUUCAAGCCGGGCUUCUACUUCAGGGCCUGCUGGCUGUUCCUGUCCCCAGCCACGCUCCUGGCCCUGCUGGUGUAUAGCAUCGUCAAGUACCAGCCCUCAGUGUAUGGCAGCUACCGCUUCCCAGCCUGGGCGGAGCUGCUGGGCAUCCUGAUGGGCCUGCUGUCCUGCCUCAUGAUCCCAGCUGGCAUGCUGGUAGCCGUGCUUCGAGAGGAGGGCUCGCUCUGGGAGCGGCUUCAGCAGGCGAGCCGGCCGACCAUGGAUUGGGGCCCAUCACUGGAGGAGAACCGGACAGGCAUGUACGUGGCUACACUGGCUGGGAGCCAGUCACCCAAGCCAUUGAUGGUGCACAUGCGCAAGUACGGGGGCAUCACCAGCUUCGAGAACACGGCUAUCGAAGUAGACCGUGAGAUUGCAGAGGAGGAGGAAUCCAUGAUGUGAGACGGAAAGAAGGCAGACACCAGGCCCUGUCGGCCCCCAAGGGGAGCGGCACACCCUCUGGGGUUCUGAGAGGCCUGAGCCUGUUGGAGGCUGCCAUGGUGAUGCUGGUCCCCAAAGCAAGUCCUUCUUUGUGACCUCUGCCUCUCCCAAAACCUCUGUCUGCUCCCUACACACACACAGACAUUCAAAGCUGAGAUGAGCCAGCUCAGCCCUUCCUUCAUAGACAGACAGACUGAGGCCAAGGAGAAGGGACUUACCCAAGGUCACAUGGCAGACGGGACUGGACCCCAGGCCUCCUAACCAGCUAGCUCCCUUUCUCACAUGGCAGCUGGCACCACCCGCUCAUCUCUGUUCAGGACUCAGUCCCCUCUCUUUCCCUAAGGGAGCCUGCCCCAUACACUUCAAUGCAGCCAGAAUCUGGAGCUGGGCAGGGACACUUGGGUGUCCCAAGGUUCGUGAGGCCCCAUCAAGGGUUAGCAAGUCAAGUGGGAGAAAGAUCCCCAUGGGGUCACGGGUGCAGGCCAAGUUUCGUAAAGGAGGUGGGGCCUGAGGCCCUGGAGGAUGGGCAGAUUUGGAGAGAGAGAAAAAAAGAGGAGGGCAGGUUGGGGACGGCCUCUGACCAAGGCGCUCACAGCCAAGGUGGGGUUAGAAUAUGGCCCUCUUUUCCUCCCCUGGGGCCAGGAGGCAGUCCAGGGAGUGACCAAGGGCACGUGAGCAGGGAGAAUGGUGGGAGAAGCAAGUGUUUUCAGGUUACAACAGGAUUCGGGUACGAAUGAAGACUGAGGGGGUGGGGGAGGGAGGGACAUGGGCAGGCAGGCCAUUUGCAUGACCCUGUGCUUUAGACAGAAUAUAUUUCUGGCUCAGAGCACCGGGCAGAGGUGGGAAGCCUGCUGAGGACAGAGCAUAGGGGCCAAUGCCUAAGCUGGGGUGUUAAGCGGGUGGGGGGAAGGGAAAGGAGGAGGACCCCACAACUUCCCUCACUGGACCCCACUUCCUCCUGUGCAGGGAGCCACGGACAAGAUUAGGACUGGGGGAGGGGGUACCUGCCCUGCCCCGUGGAGGUGGAGACAAGGGGUCACAGUCAGGACCUAGGGUCCCCCUCCUCCCCUCUUCCUUGUCCUGGCAGCCCUCACUGUCUCCACCAGCUCCAGGCAUUGCUGGGGAAUUGACCUUGGCUAUGGACUACCAGGCAACUAAGAGACUUGGAGCUGGUUCACACACAUGACUGUCUGGUCCCAAUGCUGCCCACUCUGCUUCAGCAUGCGGGUCCCUGGGCGUGGACAUGAGGGUAGAGGCAGAGAGCAACCGACACCCCAGGCCUGUGACCUGGGGACAGGUUGCCCAGAGACUUUGGCAUCUGCAAACCCCAGGCAUGGGAGGGGCUGCCCUAGGGUCCCUCCGUCCCUGAAGGAUGAGGGUGGGGUGGGAAAAUGCCUGAGCAGGUUCCCUGCACAGGGCGUCCUCUGUGGGGCAGGGCGGCCUGGAGCAGUUGUCCAGCCUCUGCUCUCUCUCUCCCCCAAUGUCUCCCCAACUCAUCUGUGUCCUGUUGGCUUAUUGUUAAUAAACACCAGUGAAGUCAU